AUGACAACAGCAGACAGAGUCAACUCGCUUGCUCAACAGCUUGCCGAAUUGUCCGUCGAGCUGCAGGGCAAUCCAGAACAUUUCAAGGCCUGUAAUGAUGAGCUCACUAACCUGGCGCAAGCCUCUGCGAAGCUCCUAGAGUCUAUCCAGAGCCCAUCAAUGUAUAUCAAUAGCAUGAUUACCCAAAUGGCGCACUUCACGGCUCUGCGAUUGUUCAUCGAGUGGGGAGUGUUCGACGCCAUUCCCAGUCAGGACUUUGUCUCGCCUGAAAUUUUGGCCAAGAAAGUCAACGUCGAUGUGCAGCUCAUCACUCGUUUCUCCCGUAUUCUAGUUGCCCAAGGAGCGCUGAAGCAAGACGGAUCAAAGAGCCUUGCGCACACCGCCACUUCCAAGAUGUUCAUUCGUGAAAGCCCUAUGAACUCGUUGAUUAGAAUGGGAUACGAUAUGCAUCUGAAGUCUUGCUCUUAUAUUGUCUCCUUCUUUGAGAAGUAUGGGGCCAAGGAGCCUCAGGGUCGCCUUGAAACGGUGUUUGGCUUCGCUUGUGGUGAUCCUAACUUGACUGUCUGGGAACACCUGAACCGGAAUGAAGAGACAAUGAAAAACUUCAUGGUCAGUAUGGUAGCCAUGAGCCAAAGGCUUUCAAUUACUGGAUCAUACGACUUCAGCUGGCUUUUAAGUCCGAAGUACCAAGGACGGACUCUCAUUGUUGAUGUGGGAGGUGGAAAAGGUCAUGCUCUACAGGCUAUAUAUGACGUUACUCCUGGACUUCCAAUGGAUCGAUGUGUUGUGCAGGAUUUGGACGUGGUAGUCACAGAGUCCAAAAGGGUUGCAGAGGGCCCUUUAAGUCAUGCACAGUUCGUUGCAUCUGACUUCCAUCAAGCUCAACCUACGAAGGGAGCUCUUAUUUACUACAUCCGACGUUGCCUCCAUGAUUACGGAGACCCAGAUUGCGUGGAGAUACUCCAGCACAUACAAAGAUCCAUGGUUGACGAUAGUAGACUGAUCAUUGACGAACAGAUUCUAAACGACCAGCCAUCCUUAGUGGCAUCCGCCACAGAUAUCUAUAUGCUGACUCUAGGGGGCAAGGAACGAACUUUGGAUGGCUUCCGGGCUAUCACAGCUGAUGCAGGGCUGGAGAUUGUUGAAAUCCAUGGUACUGGGGACAAUGACUUGGCUUUGAUCGAAUGCAGGAAGCUUUGA